CAGGGCAAAGGUCAUUGAUGGUUUGGGAUCUCCGUGGAACGGUCAAGUUCGCGAUCGCGGCGUACGCUCCGGGUGCCGGAACGCGCGGGCUGGGAGCCGCCUGCGAGCGUAGGGGACGCUAGGGGCGGGCGCCGUCCUUGGGAAACGGCGCGCGGAAGUCCACGUGGGGAGGCAGGAAGGCACGCGGCUCCUUGGGGGCGCCGGUUCUGGGGCCCGCAGUCUCGGGAGCCUCGGCGAAGUCUCGACUUCUUUCUACUAACAGACCAGGACGUGCCCGCCCGCCGGGUGCCGGCGAUGGGAGCGCGGCUGGGAGCGCGGCAGGCCCGGCGCGAGGGUGGCGCGCGGGGCUCGGCGUGGGCAGCGGCCCCCGGAGGCCUAGCCCGUUGGCGGGGGCGGCGCGCGCUCCCCGCACCGCGCGCACACACGGGCGCGCACGCUGCACACACACACCUGGAGCUCGUCCCAGGAGGGGGGCGGGGAGAAGAGCCGGAGCGAGUGUCUUAAAAUAGGCACGCAGACGAGCGCGAGACGCUGAGAGGCUGGAGAAGGCGAUUAAGAGCGGCGGGCACGAGGUGCGCAGGUCCGCCCCGGGUAACACAGGCGGGCUGGGCUCCGAGCGGCCGGCCCUCCGCGCGGCUCCGCACCAGGCCCUGCGGGAAGCGCGAGCUGAUUGACAGCUGCACUGUCCCCAAAAGGCUCGGCGAAGAUGCUGAUCUGCGGGUGGGUCUAGACGCGCAGCCCGCGCGCCCGGUGCCGGCUCCCCUCCGCGCACCUCCCGAGCCCCGCCGCCUCCCGGCCGCUGAGGAGCCGGCCGGAGGCCCCCGCCGGCGCGCCAGCCCCGCGGCCCCGGGCGGCGGGCGCCCGCCCGGGCUCACCAUGCACUGCCACGCAGAGCUGAGGCUGAGCUCGCCCGGCCAGCUCCAAGCAGCCAGGAGGCGCUACAAGACUUUCAUGAUCGAUGAGAUCCUCUCCAAGGAGACCUGCGACUACUUUGAGAAACUUUCCCUCUACUCCAUGUGCCCGUCGCUGGUCGUGCGACCCAAGCCCCUGCAUUCCUGUACCGUUUUGGCUGCGUUGGGUCUUUGUUGCUGCGCGGGCUUUCUCUAGUUGUGGCCCCGCCCCCCUUCGGGCAUACCCUCUCCUCUCGGUGAUCACCCGGCAGCCUACAGUCAUCCCCCACCUGGUCCCCGCCACCCCGGGAAUCGCCCAGGCUCUGUCCCGCCACCCGGCCGCCGAGGCCACCUCCGCCGAGGCUGCGGGCGAGAACCGCGGCAGCAGCGAGUCGGAGACGGAGCAGCCCACGCCCCGGCAGAAGAAGCCCCGCCGGAGCCGCACCAUCUUCACCGAGCUGCAGCUCAUGGGCCUGGAGAAGAAGUUCCAGAAGCAGAAGUACUUGUCCACCCCAGACAGGUUGGACUUGGCCCAGUCUCUGGGACUCACUCAACUGCAGGUGAAGACUUGGUACCAGAACCGCAGGAUGAAAUGGAAGAAAAUGGUUCUUAAAGGUGGACAGGAAGCGCCCACAAAACCCAAAGGUCGUCCCAAGAAGAACUCCAUCCCCACAUCAGAGGAGAUUGAAGCUGAAGAGAAGUUGAACAGCCAGGCCCAGAGCAAGGAGCCCUGGGAGCCCUCCCAGGGCCAGGAGGGGCUCCGUGACACGCAGGAACCAAAAGUGCACGGUGUCCCCGUACAGGUGGCUGAGCCCCUAGGCCAGCCCCAGGAGUUGCCAGUAGCUUCUUCGGAACCCCCGCCAUCAAGCUAAAAUAAAACUCCUGGGGGGACUGGGAAGGGGGAGACUGGGAAGAAGGGAAAGAGAGAAUGCGGGGAGAAGGGAAAGAGAGAAUGCGGGGAGACCAGGGAGAGGAAAGCUUCUGAGAGCCAGUAACUUGUGGGGAGAAGACCACCACCGGCCGCCUCCCUCCUGCCCGCAGAUCUCACCUCGAGACUUUGAGGAAGACUUGCUGGCUUUGGCCUGCUCUUCCUGAAAGGCUGCUUUAGCCACGGAUGCCCUCGACUAAGGGACACAGUGCCUUGGAACUGCCGACUCCAGCUGGGCUGAUGCCGUGGGGCUGUCCGGGUCCAAGCCCCCCCAGUGUGGUAGAGGAUGCUCCAGCCAGCCUCUGGACAGCCAGCCGUCAAAGCAGAGCGGGAUGGAGGAGGGGGCGGCAUGCCCAGGUUCCUUGCUGACUGAGCACUUAUUUCUGUAGUUUUAAAAGAGAAUUUAAUGUUUUUGGUUGUUUUUUUUUGGCGGGAGGGGGGGUUGGUGAGGGUGGGCAAAUAAGAGUUGGGGGAAGGGAGUUCUGAGUUAAUAGAAUAAAGUUUGUUUGAAGACACGUGUGCCUUUGUAUCCAUUGUAAGGUGGUCAGGUGACCCAGGAACUGAUAAACCUUGUUUUUCUUGCUUCAUUAAGUUUUCAUCCCUGAAGCUGCAAUGCAGAUAUGUUAAGAUAACUUUUAUUUUUUAAUUAAAAAUAAAUCUUUCAAAAAA